ACCAUAGAAUAGUGUGGAAACGCCAGAAAAAUAAAUACUCAACAUUUUUGUAAACUGAAUAAUUAAACACCUUUUAAACAAAAAAUAAUGUCUGAAGGAGUUGAGGUAAAAUUGGAGAAAGAGGACUGCCAAUCAGAGGUCAAAUUAGACGCUGAGGAAAGCAGUGGAAAAGUAUUGUUUAAAAAGAAGCCACGGAAGAAUCUACGUCAAAGAAAGCCCUCUCAUUCAGACGAGGAAGAAAAGCAAGAUGAGGAAAUCGCCGUACUUGAAGAAAUCAAAGAGCGACAAAAAUUGCGUCAGCGGCCCCAUGGUGUAAGUGUUAUCGGCUUGGCGUUGGGCAAGAAAUUGGCGCCGGAAGAAGAAAUCGCCAUUAAAGACCCGUUUAAUGUUAAAGUUGGUGGCCUCGUGAAUAUGCAGGCGCUGAAAUCCGGCAAGCUAAAAGAGCCAGAAGACGCUUACGAUGUAGGCAUUGGCACACAGUUCUCUGCAGAAACAAAUAAACGAGAUGAAGAUGAAGAAAUGAUGAAGUAUAUUGAACAAGAAUUGCAAAAAAGAAAAGGACUUUCUAAGGCAAAUGCCGAUACUGAAGAGGGUGAUCCAAACAAGUACCUCACACCUGAAGAGGCUGCACUGCUGGCGUUGCCUGAUCAUCUGCGACAGUCUUCAUCAAACCGUUCGGAAGAAAUGUUAUCCAAUCAAAUGUUAAAU